AUGACUGUCAAUCUUACCGAGCUUGACGCUCAUGAGCAGCCGUCGGACCAGAUGCGGCAGAUAUGGAAAUCAUACUCCCGGGCAGACAAGGAAGAACUUCUCUCAAAUGGAGCCAUUGACGACUUAGAGAAUCCUGAGAAGGCAGCUGAGUUUAUUGUCGCAGGCACAGUCCCAGCCGCAACGCUCACCAAGGGCUUCGCAUUCCUUGGAUCGGGCUUCGAUGCUGCCGUCAAUGAUGCGCCGAUUUAUCACCACCCGUUAUUACCAGUACCCUUGGAAGUUCAAAAGACCCUGCUCUCAAAACUCAUCCACAGAGAUCUCAGCAUUCCAGCUCACCAAACCAACAUGCAUCUUCAUUAUGAAUUGCCUUACGUGGAGCGCAAGCCAGGGGCCGGAGAAGGGGAACAGGAAGAUUAUAGUCACUCAUUUUUCUCACACUCUCCUGAUUCGCCUGUCCGCUUCCAGCCCAAAGACCCGGACGUGCACAAACCUCUCUCCAUGAAGCAGGUGAUGGACCGCCGUCUACAUUGGGUGACUCUAGGCGGUCAGUAUGACUGGACAAACAGAGUCUACCCUGAAGAGGAGCCACCGAAAUUCCCGCCGGAUGUUGCGGGGUUCUUGGAGACAGUGUUCCCCGAUACGAUCGCGCAGGCAGCGAUUGUGAACUUUUACACUCCUGGCGACACCAUGAUGAUGCAUCGCGACGUUUCGGAGGAGACCGAUAAGGGUCUCGUGAGCCUCAGUCUUGGUUGCGAUGGGCUCUUCAUGAUAGCCCCCAGCGACAUUGGUAAAACGGCCGAAGAGGAGCGUCCAGAGGAUGUGAAGAAACAAUACCUGCUCCUCAGGCUAAGGUCUGGAGAUGCCAUUUAUAUGACCAAGGAGUCGAGAUCAUCCGCCAAACAGUCACCUCGGCCAAUCUUUGUUCACCUGCUCCGGCCUCUUUCCUCACCAUUUGCUGAACCGCCCACGAACCUCAAUCCCAUCAUGGCAAACACCGGCAGCGUUUUCUCCGAGACCCUACAGGAGAUCACUAAGACCAAACUUGAAGAGCUCGCCAAACGCCGUGCGAGCUUUGAAAAGUCCAAACCUGAUGCCAUUGCAUGCGCUGCUUCGAGCGCAGGAGAUACAAUCCGCGCGGUUGAGGCUCUCAGCACUGGUGUCAAGAAUUGCUUCGGCAUAGCCCUCGACGACUCUGGGACCGUGAUUCUGAACCGCACCAGGCACCAGCAGGUCGAGGUUGACGUGAAAAACAUUGAUCGUUUUCUGACCCAGGCUCGUUAUGAUCCGUCAAUCUCUAUUGAGAUGCUGCGGGGCUGGGGAGAGCUUCUCGAGCGCCACCUGGAAACCCAGUCACCGAAGCUGGAAGGGCGGAUCGAGUGGGAGAAGAACGUCUUCACGCCGGCUGGCGUCGACGAAGGAGCCAUCAGCGACUUCCUUACAGAACUCUUUGGCAUCCAUGCUCCUCAGAAUUCGCCCAAGUCACAUGUGUCUCAAGCUCUUGAGGAAUUGCGUAAACUAGUAGGACAAGAAGCAUCACAGAUAUUCUCAGACAAUGCGUUCAACGUGGAGACUCUCAAGUGGACCAUCUCCAGUCUCGUAUCCUCUAACCUUUUGCCGGAUGAGAAGCGAGAGGUCCUCAAGGACUUUUCUGGCAACGAGAUCAUACUGAACGAAAUCGCUGACGUCCUGAACAUGCGACUUGCCGCCCUGGACUCAUGGUCUUGGGGAGAGGAAGUGCCGGUUGAGCAGCGCCGGCAAAUCAGCGGGAUAUACAAGAUGAGCAUGCAGGAAGACUUGCUUCAAGCCAUCUUCCUUCAGUAUAUCGGUAUCAAGUGGUCUUUGCUAUUUAGACGUGCCUUUGGCGACUUCUACAACUACGGAGAUGGGAUUGCCUGGCUGCGCAUGGGCACCAAGAUCCCUACGGUGCACAGGCAGAGACUGGAAGAAUGCUUAGGCCACCUACCGCGGGAAAACAGUGUGCAAAACAAGCGCCAGACGCUGUUCCGUCACAACUACUUCGUCUCGCAGCUUUUAACAUCAGUUCUGCAACUACUUGGCCAAGAAACUGAUGACGGAGAAGAAGAAGCAGAGUACACUUCUCUGCAAACUCAUGACGACAGCAGAAGGAUCCUGAAUCGCAUGGCUAAAACAGCCUAUCGGCGGAGCGGUAAUCGUGGGGGAGAGGAGUCUUUGCCUUCUGCCCAACCCCAGGCCAUGUCGCUUUUUGGCGCAGUACAAUCAUGUAACGUGAGGGAUCCAACAUCUGGAUACGCUGCGUCUCACCCAAGAAAACUGAACGAGGAGAAAAACAAAGUGAACCGUGCUCCCAUACGCCUCAAGCAGAGUCUUUUGCAUCUUUUCUCCACAGACAUAGCUAUAGAAACAGCCACUAAAGGGGAAAUCAGCGCAUUCCAUUCUGUUCUAAGAGACUGGAACCCACUGCUUCCGCACGAGACUAUCUUGGCUGUUCUGAAGUUUUUGGGCGUUUCUUCCAAGUGGCUCGACUUUUUCUCCAAGUUCCUCCGCGCCCCCCUCAGGUUUGUCGGGGACGACCCGUCCUCAACAGAACCCAGGAUCAGGCGCCGGGGCACUCCGACAUCACACCAACUGAGUGAUGUCUUUGGAGAGACAGUUCUAUUCUGUCUUGACUUUGCUGUCAAUCAAGCGACUGACGGAGAGCCUCUGUGGAGGAUUAGCGAUGACAUCUGGUUCUGGUCGUCAAACAGUGCAACCACGGUCAAGGCAUGGAAGGCGGUGUCUGAUUUUACUAGGGUGACUGGGACAUCAGUGAAGUAUGAGAAAUCCGGAUCUGUCCGCAUCUCGAACUCCACUUUGGGGGAGCAAGGUAAAUCACGCGCUGUAGAUCCUCUGCUACCCAAGGGGGACCUGCGUUGGGGGUUCCUACGCCUAAAUCCUUAUUCGGGACAAUUUGAGAUCGACCAAAGCAUGGUUGACAAGCACAUAGUUGAGCUGCGUAAGCAGCUGAACGAGAAGCACGGGAGCGUACUUGGCUUCAUACAGGCCUGGAACUCGUUUGCGGCCGCAUUCUUCUCCUCUAAUUUUGGCAAACCAGCCAAUUGUUUCGGGAGGUCCCACGUUGAUGAGAUGCUGCUCACUCACCGACGUAUCCAGCAGGACGUGUUUGCUACGGCCUUUGGAGAAGGUGGCAGCAGCCAAGUUGCAACCAGUGUUGUUGACUUCUUGAAGAAGCUCAUUGAGACGCGUUUUGGGGUCAGCAAGAUCCCCGAUGGAUACCUGUUCUUCCCAGCAGAGCUGGGAGGCUUGGGUUUGCAGUCUCCCUUCGUCACGCUUCAACAGAUUCGGGAGUCGACGCUACGGUCACCGGCGGAACUUCUGGAACGGAUGUUCAGGUCAGAGAGCGCUACCUAUAUCCACGCCAAAAAGCGCUAUGAUGAGCAACAGGAGAUUUGGAGGCGAACUCAACAGCCGCAGGGUGUGUUCGGGACCUACCAGGUCAAACCUUUCAUCUCGUUCGAUGAGUACGUACACUACCGCGAGGCUUUUGAUCACCGCCUGCACGACGGCACUGUUGGUUCAUACACGGUCACGGAUGUCUUUGACGAGCUGAGGCAGGAACCCGAGCCCCAGCCCAUCAACGCCGAGCACAACGAGAGUGGUGCCAUAGGCACUGCACUUUCUCGACUCGACAACGGAGGAGCGCAUGGGGGCGCCACCACCUCCCGCAGCAUUGCGCAUCCCUGGAGCAGCAUGACUCCCUACUGGCAGUGGGUCACCAUGAUGUACGGCCCAGAGAUUGUGGAGCGGUUUGGCGGUCUGUCUCUUGUGGACGCUGGCCUGCUCCCCAUGGGCAUGGUCAGCAUCUUCCGACAAAAGAGGGUGGCGUGGAAGGAGUAG